AUGAACCCUCUAGAAAUGGCCUCCGACGACCCGGAGCCCGACGAAUCAAGCCCCCUCCUCUCGACAACAUCCCAAAGCAGAAUCUCUACCCGGCCACCGCCGCCGCUCUCCUCGCCUUCGACGCUGUCCCUCAUCUCCAAGGCAGACUACGCCCUGGGCCAAUCACCUUCCCAAGGUGACCGCCUGCCGUACAGCAACUAUGCGACAAUCGACUGGCUGCGCGGCCUCACGGAAUCUUCCUCGCGCGCGCGCCGCCUCGAUCGCCUGCCGGGCCUCCGGGGCCGCCUCCGCCGCUGCAUCGACCGAGCCGAGGGCUGGAUCGCCGCGGCGCUGAUCGGGGUGCUGACCGCCCUCGUGGCGUACGUCGUCGACGUGUCCAUGGCGACGACGGCCGACUGGAAGGAGGGGUACUGCCGCGGCAACGUGUUCCUCGACCGCGGGAGGUGCUGUAGAGGCACGCCCAGGUUGGGGGUGUGCGAGGCAUGGAGGCCCUGGGUCACGGGCGGUGGUGAGGGCGUGUCUCCCGCUGCAUACGCCGUCUACGUCCUCGUCGCGCUGCUCUUCGGCGCCAUCGCGGGCAACGUGACGAUGACGACGAAAGCGUCCCUCCCAACAGCGGCCACAGAGGAUGGAGAAGGCAGCACGAAGACGAUGUACAUGGCCGCGGGCAGCGGGAUCCCCGAAAUCAAGAGCAUCGUCUCGGGCUUCGCGAUCCCGCGCUUCCUCAGCCUGCGGGUGCUGCUCGUCAAGGCCGUCGGGGCGACCUUCGCGGUGUCGACGGGCAUGUGCCUGGGCAAGGAGGGCCCGUUCGUGCACAUCUCGACGUGUGUCGGGUGGCUCGUGGCCAACUGGUUCCCCAAGUACCGGGACAGCCCGCGCAAGCUGCGCGAGAUGCUGAGCGUGGCGUGCUCGGCGGGCAUGUCUGUGGCGUUCGGCGCGCCGAUUGGUGGUGUGCUGUUCAGUUACGAGGAAAUCAGCACGUACUUCCCUCGUCGUGUGAUGUGGAGGGCGUUUCUGUGUUCGCUGGUCGCGGCCAUCGCGCUCAAGGCGCUGAACCCGACGGGCGGCGGGAAGCUGGUGCUGUUCGAGACGAAUUUCGGCGUUGACCACGAACCCGUGCACUAUCUCGUCUUCGUCUUCCUGGGCGUGUGUGGCGGCGUUUUCGGCGGAGUGUUUGGUCGAGCAAACUACUCCUGGUCCAAGACUUUUCGCAGAUGCGAAAUCGUGAAAAAUCACCCCGUGCUGGAGCUCUGUGGCGUCGUGCUGGUAACCGCACUGCUGCAGUUUCCAAACGCUCUCACCCGGGACACCGGCGACGUCGCUCUCUCGAAACUGCUGGUCAACUGCGAAGACCCGGAGGGCAAGUGGGUGUGCGAGCAGGAGCAGAGGUCAGACAGGACGGGGUACAUACUCUCGCUCGCGAGCGGGACGCUGGCCAAGCUGGCGUUGACGACCAUCACUUCCGGGUGCAAAGUGCCGUCUGGAAUCAUCAUCCCGGCGCUGAAUGCCGGCGCGCUGUUUGGGCGAUUGGUCGGGCAGUUCGUCGACGGUAUAUCGCCGGGCAUAUUCGCCAUGGUCGGGGCUGCUGCGUUCCUCGCCGGCGUGUGCAGGAUGACGGUGAGUUUGGCCGUCAUCAUGUUCGAGUUGACGGGCGAGGUGACGUUCAUCCCGGCCUCGAUGUGCGCCAUCCUCACCGCCAAGUGGGUUGCGGACGCCAUCUCUGCCGAGUCGGUGUACGAGCUGUCGCAGCACUUGUUGGGACACCCGUUCCUCGAGGCUGAGCAGGCAUACGAGGUCGUCAAGCACCGGGAAGCAACCGCGCGCGAGCUGAUUCCUUCCCCUGAGACGAUGGAAGAGAUCACUCUGCGCACGGGCAGAGAGUACCGCGUGCGUCAAGACGUGCUGGCCGACAAGCUGCAGAAGCUGCUGGCGAGGGGCCUGAUGGAUGCCGGUCUUGUACUGGUGAAUGAGGCGGGACUGCUGUUUGGGUACUUGCCUCAAGCGGAGCUGGAGGCGGUUCUCCAAGUCCGCGGAGAGGCUGAGGAGAUUGAUCUGCGUUCGGGGAUCAUGGUGGACUUGGUUGACCGGACACCGUUGACAGUGAGCGCCGAGGCGCCGAUGGAGCAUGUCCUUGAGAUGUUUGGGAAGCUCGGCCUGAGCUACCUGGUCAUUCUUGAACCAGAAACAGCGAACGUGGUGGGCGUUGUGUUGAAGAAGCGGUUGCUGGGCUAUUUGCAUCGUACAAAGGCGCAUAAUUGA